UUUUAUUCAGUGAGGUGCAGCAGCUAGCUAGUAACUGCUACAUUACAUUGCAGCAUUACACAGCGUUCAGGUUCAAUUGAAUCGCGUUGCUUCUUCUCAAUUUGGUCAAUCCAAGUAGUCUCAGACUCAGAGUUCUAAUGGCGUCCAAAUCUCUAAAGAAAGCCAAUCUCCUCGAUCACAACUCCAUCAAGCACAUCCUCGACGAGUCUGUCUCUGAGAUUGUAACGAGUCGUGGGUAUGUGGAAGAUGUGAGAUUGAGCAACGUGAGGCUUUUGGUUGGGACUGUCAUCAUUGUCAUUGCUCUCUUUGCUCAAUUCUACAAGAAGAAGUUCCCUGAGAAUCGGGAUUUUCUCCUUGCCUGCAUCGCCUUGUAUGUGAUCUUCAAUGGGGUGUUGCAGCUGAUCAUAUACACUAAGGAGAAAAAUGCCAUUCUGUUUACUUAUCCUCCUGCUGGAUCCUUUACCAGUACUGGUUUGGUAGUUUCCUCCAAACUGCCUAGGUUUUCUGACAUGUACACACUUACCAUAGCAAGUGCUGAUCCAAAAUCAAUUUCUGCAAAUGAGCCUAAGCAUUUAACUAAAAGUGUUACUCAGUGGUUCACCAAGGAUGGAGUCUUAGUUGAGGGCCUCUUUUGGAAGGAUGUUGAAGCUCUGAUAGCUCAAUAUACGAAAGAACCAAAGAAGAGUAAGUGAUGUGAAGACUUAUCUUGGUUCUGCCAAUGACAUUUUGGAGGAGAAACAUAUAUCUGGAUAUGGACUUUAUUUCUAUCCAAUUUCUAAAGUUUAAAAUGGAAGUGAGUAAAUCAACCUUUCACUAGCAUUAGAACACAAGUAAUUCCUGUUUUUCUUCAGUUUAUGCUAUUGAAAAGGCCGAACCUCUAUUUUCAUUUACUCAUAUACUUUUUUUUUAUAGAAAAAUAAAUUCUUUUAGAGGUGUUUGGUA